CUGGCGCGCACGGGAGCACGCACAGUGCCGCAUUCUAGUACGCUAGUAGCUGCCACCGACGCUUCGGACCGAUGGCUUCCUCUGCUCACCACCUCUUCCUACUCGCCUUCCUGGCCGUCCUCGCCGUCGCGGCUCCCCGCGCGUCGGACGCAUGGGGCGGUGGCCACCUGUUCUCCAGCAAGAUCACGCGCGCCGAAGUAGCCGUCGAGCCGGAGAAGGCAGCGGCGGCCACCACCGUGCCGGACGCGGCGGACCCCAACAGCGUGCCGGCGUUUUCCCGCCCGUCGACCAGCGGCAGCAGCCGCGGGUACGGGCUCUACGGCCGCCCCGAGGAGAACUAUCCGCCGGCCUACUUCCGCCGCGGCGUGCACCACAACACCGAGAAGCUGACGACCACGACCAACGUGCCGACCACCACCGAUACAGAGGAGGCGGCGGUCCCGGUGGGAGGCGAGCGCGCCGAGCCUUUUCCGGAAAAUGGCAGCGGCAGGGGCCGUCCGCCGUAUUACUACACGGGCUUCCGCGGCGGCAGGCAGCAGGAGCAGCAGCGGGACUACGGGAUGAGCGACACGAGGCUGUACCAGAACGGCCGGUACUACUACGACGUGGACAACGGCAGGUACGGCUACGGCCGCGAGUCGAACCCCGUGCGGACGCGCCCUGAUGAGUUCGGCUCCGGGUACGGCGGCGGCGGCGGCGGCGACAGACGCGGGAGGUACGGCAAUGCGGCCGGGUACGAGUCCGGGUCCGGCAACGGCAACGAGUUUGGGAAUGCACUGACGGAGAACCAGUACGGCUUCCAGGAGCAAGGCCAGAACGGGCAAUACGUUCCAUGAGUGUAGCGAAUCGUUGUGCUAUGUGUCAGUACACUGUUACUACCACUCGUAGUGAUCGUAUUGUGUUCUCCAUUGCAGAUCGAGUAAUCUCGCAUGGGCUGCUCCUAGUUUGCUCAAGAGCUUGGGGCCAGCUGCUAAUUAAUGUGCAUUAGUACGUCCGCUUGUUUAGUGACGCGACCAGGGAAUAAGUUGUGUGCGGACAAUGGGAUCUGUACUGUUACUUCUGUAUUAUUACAGAUCUCAAGUGCUUAUCCACCUUGCUAUCCA